AUGUCGCAUACAAAUUCAGCAUCUUCAGCAAAGAAGAGCUCAGUAAUAGGCAAAAAUUUUAUAUCCAAAAAUGAGAUAUUAGCAUGGAUUAAUGAUUUGCUUAAGGUUAAUAUGACUUUAAUAGAAUAGCUUGGUAGUGGUACUAUGUACUGCCAACUUUUGGAUGUCAUAUAUCCUGGAUAAGUUCCACUUUCUAAAGUAAAGUGGACUGCUAAGCUUGAAUAUGAUUUUUUGCAUAAUUUCAAGAUUUUGCAGCAAACUUUUGAUAAGCUUUAAGUGCCUAAAAUGAUUCCAGUCAAUAAAUUAGCUAAGGCAAAGUACUAAGACAAUUUAGAAUUUGCUUAAUGGAUGAAAGCUUACUUUGAUAUCAAUUGCAAAGAAAAAGGGAGAGGUUAUGAUGCAUUAAAAAGAAGAGGAAAUGUUGUUCCUUAUUUUGGAUUUUGCAAAGGUGGUGUCCUUCCUAAAUAAACUCUUUUCUUCAGAAAUCCUAAUGAAAAGCUAACACUUGACGAUUUUUCUAGUAGUUCAUUUUCUUCAUAACAUGAACCUGAAUUUCCAGAAAGUGAAAGCUACUCUAGCAAUAAUAAUGUUUAGGGGCUUUUUAAAAGUGAAAGUACACCCCUUAAAUAGUCCUCUUUCUUUUCUAAUAACUCCCCUUAAAGUAGUAGUUGUGGUUCAGCUUAAAUCAAGCAAUAAUCUUAUUAAAUGAAUCCUCCUAAAUAAUCCGCCUCUUUAAAUUAAACAAGCAACUCAUUUUUUUAAAGAGGAGAGUAAAAUUAAUCAAUAACUCCUAAAAAUUCUUUCUUUGAAGCAGGUAAUAGUAAUAAGGAAUUCAGCUAAUUCUUUGGAAAAAGCGAAGGACAAAAGACAUAAGACAACACUUGUAGUUUUUUCUAAAAAGAAAAAUUAUAAAGUGAACUUAAUGAUUAAAAUUAAAAUAAAUUUAUUGCUAAUAAAUAUGGAAAUUAAGGAAAUCAAAAUAAUCAAGGCACUUCAAUUAUUGAAAGCAGCUUUUUUAGUAAAUAAAGAGCAUAAAAUUUUAAUUCUUAAUCAAAUUAGAAUAAUUUCUUUAAUAUUAAUAAUGAGAAAGAUUUUGAUGCGGCUAGUAGCAACAAUUCAAAUAAAUUUAGUUGUGAUAAAUCUUAUGAAAAGAAAACACCUUCUCUAUCCACUAGCAAUUUGCUUAGUAAAUUCUAACAAUUGACAGAAGUUUCAUAAAUUCUUUUAAAAAAGAAUAGCGAAACGUCUGAAAAAAGUAAUUUAGACAUUUUCUAGAAAUAAUCAUAGUACGAAGAUAAAUCACCAUCUAAUUCAAAUUUAUAAAUCACAAAAGAAGUCAAAUUAGAUUUUUAGGGCGAUUCCUUUUUUAAAAAAGAUAUUUCUUAAAAUAAAUAAUAAUAACAAUUUGAUGACUAAGAAAAGCCACAAGCAGAAACAAUAAACCAUUAAUAAAAUUGUUAGUUUGAAGAAAAAAACUUUAAAGAUAAUUUUUUUAAGGCUGAAUAAAAAAAUUAAAAUAAUAUCUUUAAUUGUAAUGAAAACAAAAUAGUAAAUGAAAAACCAGGUUAAAUUAAUCAGAGUAACAGUUUUUCAUAGUAAAGCGAUUCUUAGGAAAGUAAUAUCUUGUAUAGGAAUAUAUGCUCUUAAGAAUCAGCAUCCAACUAAGAAUGUGAUAGAAAUUAAAACGGAGAAUAUUAAAAUAAUACCAAUUCAAAUUCAAUUCAAAUUUAACAGAACAUAACAGAAGAUGUUAGUAGCUCUUUUAGUAAACUAGAAAAGAAUGAUAAAAUAAAUCAAAUUUAAAAUAAUUUAGAUGAUCUUGAUUCAUAAAACUCAUAUGAAACUCCUAUUUGCAAAAAAUAAAAGAAAAAUGAAGAUAAUGAAAACUUUUCUAAAGGCUCUGAAAGAUAUAAUCAAACUACAGUAUAAAUUAACAAUAAAGAAGAUUUAGAUUAAACAUUAUAAGCAGAAAAUAAUUUUGUGAAAAAUUCUUCAAAUAAGGAUAAAAUAUUGAAGAUAUUUCAAAUCAUCCAGCUAUGCUAGUGUGAUUAUGACUCAGCUAUGAAUUAAAUUUUAAAUGUUAUACAAAAUUGA